AUGGAAGAACUUUCUUACAGCUUUGAUCAGGAAGACUGCACUCCAGAAUUUCUCUUCUGGGACCAGGCAGAUACCAACACUCAGCUGGACAACCUCCUACUGGACUGCUCCACUCUGGUAGACCAGUUCUCCCCUUGGCCAUCCCCUGUGUGCCCCCCUGCCCUGGGGGAGGUGACAGUGGGAGCUGAACCAGACAGCUUCCCGCCACCCCCCGGAGACCCCCGCCACCGCCACGCCGCCAACAUCCGCGAGAGGAAGAGGAUGCUCAACAUCAACGCGGCCUUCGACGAGCUCAGGUGCCAUGUACCCACCUUCCCCUAUGAGAAGCGCCUCUCCAAAAUCGACACGCUCCGGCUGGCCAUUGCAUACAUUGCACUUCUGGGCGAGAUCCUCGUCUCCGGGUGCGAUCCCAAAUCCUACGUGGAGCAGUGCCUGAAGAACGGUUUGCAGAGCCAACAGCAGGCAACCUGGAACACGAGCGAUCUGACAGCCCGCCUGUCUUGGGUAAAGUGGGAUUAAGCGGUACCCAAAACAAAGAUCUUGAAAGGCAGCAUGUUGCAAAACCUGAUGACCUGACUGCUGGGUAGCGGCUGUUAAAUUCUCAGUACUGCAAGCAAAAGCAUGGCACUUACUAUUUUACUUAUUGUCACAAAUCGCUUUCUCACUGCAUGUUCAACAUCCAGCCUCUUUUGGUGUUAAUUCUUUGCUGCAUAGGGCCUUCUGUUUCUCUUUCUUCUAGUUUCUCACACACUUAUAGAUUGCUCUUGCAUGAAAACAACAGAUUAAAAAUAAGUGUCAUUACAAGCACUGCAACAACAUUUUCUCUUCCACUGGAAGAGAGCUAUGCCCAAAUCAUAUUUCCAGCAUGUAGGAUAACCUACCCCAGAUCACAAGAAAAAAAAUAAGCACCACCUGUUGCAACCUAUUGCUUGGCUUCAGAUGUCCAGGGCCAUAGCUGUAAAAGUCACCAGUAAUUUACAGCACAGAGACCACAAAAGGGCCAGUUUUCAGGAGAUGAGACACAGGUCUUUGUGUGUCUCAAAAAUUUUUCAUGCUUUCUUCCCGAUGUGAUGACUUUGGAAGGCUGGAGUCCCAGGCGUUUUGGUACGAAAAGGCCAACGACUGCUAGCACUUGGGCACCAUCUCCCCCUCACACAUGUGAAUGCUCAUGCAAAGAGCAGCUGGCUUUUGACAUUUUUACAAUAAUUUUUCUCAUUUGUUAUUUUUUUGACCAAAUCUUAGCAAACUGAUGCUGCUCCAGCAACCAUCGGGAAGGCUGUGAUAAACUUUUCCAACAUGAAACGUCACCCACGUUCCCCCUGCAACAAAACAAAGGGGCAAAGCAGUGCACGCACACUUGGCAAAUGAUUCUAAAGAGGAGUUUCCACAGAAUAGCCAUCCUGUUCUGCAGUCCAUGGUAGCAAUGAAUGUUUUAAUAUUAGCAAAAAUAAAACCAUGAAGAAAAGCCUAUAGCUGUUUGUGGCAUAAUUAUCUCAUACUAUCUGAGUGUGCCCUAAGGCUAACAUUGUGUUUGUCUGUGAAUGCAUUAUUUUUGCCCGUCAGACCUAUACUCUCAAGGCUCUGAAUCUGUUGUUUGGUAAAGAAGAGCCACUGUACAUCUUUUACACCUCUGUAACACCUUGCUAGUGCAGUCAGAGAUCUGAAACCCUUCUGCCUUAAUGUACUUUAUUAUGGUAUUUCUUAGCAGGUAGGAUGCUAGAUUUAGAUAAAAGAGAACGCAUUUAUUUUAAUGUAUUGGUUAGUUCUCCUCUAAGAAAAACCAUGUGAGUAUUUGUCAUUUUGCUCUGGUUGAAUUUUGAUGGUUUUGGGGGGAAGUAAAAAUGAAGAGAAGCCCUUGAGGGGAAAAAUGAAAAGAACCUUCUACCCUUUUCAUUUUCUCUGUCAAAACAAAAGAGAAUUUCAUCUCAGAUGCAACAAUGUAUUUCAGUUGACUUAGAAUAAAACGUUUCAUUGCAAA